UUUUUUAUAAACAGAGAAACACCGAGGCCUAGUCUGAUCCAUUGCGUCUCCUCGUCGCUGGAGCAGUGUUGUUGGAUUAAAAAAAAAUGGAGUAUAAUAACGAGUACGAAAAGGAUCCGAAUUACAUGGAAGAGGAAGAUGAGGAGGAGGAGAUCACCCAGGAAGACGCUUGGGCGGUUAUCUCUGCGUAUUUCGAAGAGAAAGGUCUCGUCCGUCAGCAGCUCGAUUCGUUCGAUGAGUUUAUUCAGAAUAGUAUGCAAGAAAUCGUCGAUGAGUCCGCUGAUAUCGAGAUCCGACCUGAAUCCCAGCACAAUCCUGGCCACCAAUCUGAUUUCACCGAGACAAUCUACAAGAUUAGUUUUGGACAGAUUUAUCUGAGUAAACCCAUGAUGACCGAAUCUGAUGGUGAGACUGCCACCUUGUUCCCUAAGGCUGCAAGGUUGAGAAACCUCACCUACUCGGCUCCUUUGUAUGUUGACGUAAGUAAGAGAGUUAUAAAGAAAGGGCAUGAUGGUGAGGAAGUCACGGAGACACAGGAUUUUACCAAAGUUUUCAUUGGAAAGGUUCCCAUCAUGCUCCGGUCUAGUUACUGUACCUUGUUUCAGAACUCGGAGAAAGAUUUGACAGAGCUGGGAGAAUGCCCUUAUGAUCAGGGCGGAUACUUUAUUAUUAAUGGGAGUGAAAAGGUUCUCAUUGCUCAGGAGAAGAUGAGUACGAACCAAGUUUAUGUUUUCAAGAAGCGACAGCCAAAUAAGUAUGCAUAUGUUGGCGAAGUCCGUUCCAUGGCUGAGAACCAAAAUAGACCUCCAAGCACCAUGUUUGUGCGCAUGCUUGCUCGUGCUAAUGCCAAAGGGGGUUCAUCUGGGCAGUAUAUUCGGUGUACUCUACCAUACAUCAAAAAAGAAAUUCCUAUUAUCAUUGUCUUUCGUGCCUUGGGAUUUGUUGCCGAUAAGGACAUCUUGGAACAUAUUUGCUAUGACUUUGCCGACACUCAGAUGAUGGAGUUGCUCAGGCCUUCCUUGGAAGAGGCUUUCGUUAUUCAAAAUCAGCUGGUUGCACUUGACUAUAUCGGGACACGCGGUGCACCCCCUGGUGCACCCAAGGAAAAGAGGAUAAAGUAUGCAAGAGAUAUCCUUCAGAAAGAACUGCUUCCUCAUGUAGGAGUUGGGGAGUUUUGUGAGACGAAGAAAGCUUACUAUUUUGGGUAUAUCAUACACCGGCUGCUACUUUGUGCACUUGGCCGAAGGCCAGAAGAUGAUAGGGAUCAUUAUGGUAACAAAAGGCUGGAUCUUGCUGGUCCUUUACUCGGAGGGCUGUUUAGAAUGCUUUUCAGAAAGCUAACGAGGGAUGUGAGAUCUUAUGUUCAGAAGUGCGUUGACAAUGGCAAAGAAGUCAAUCUUCAAUUUGCCAUCAAGGCUAAAACAAUUACCUCUGGCCUGAAAUAUUCUCUUGCUACUGGGAAUUGGGGCCAGGCAAAUGCUGCUGGCACAAGAGCUGGAGUCUCUCAGGUUUUAAAUCGGUUAACAUAUGCUUCCACUUUGUCACAUUUGAGGCGUCUCAAUUCUCCUAUUGGGCGUGAAGGAAAAUUGGCGAAACCAAGACAACUGCACAACUCACAGUGGGGUAUGAUUUUUGUCUUAGUCAACUUUAGGCAACUUCCAGCAGGAAUUAAUGCUAUUGUUGCCAUUUCUUGCUAUUCUGGAUAUAAUCAGGAAGAUUCUGUCAUCAUGAACCAGUCUUCAAUAGACCGUGGUUUCUUUAGAUCCUUGUUCUUCCGGUCUUACAGAGAUGAGGAGAAAAAAAUGGGGACGCUUGUCAAAGAACACUUUGGACGACCAGAUAGAGCAGUUACAAUGGGUAUGCGGCACGGUUCUUAUGAGAAGCUGGACGAUGAUGGUCUUGCACCUCCUGGUACUAGAGUGUCAGGUGAAGAUGUAAUCAUUGGGAAAACCACUCCAAUAUCUCAAGAUGAGGCUCAAGGACAAUCAUCACGAUACAGUAGACGCGAUCACAGUAUAAGCUUGCGACAUAGUGAAACUGGAAUGGUGGAUCAGGUUUUAUUGACCACAAAUGCGGAUGGUUUGAGGUUCGUGAAAGUGAGGGUUAGAUCGGUUCGUAUACCUCAGAUUGGAGACAAAUUUAGUAGUAGACAUGGUCAGAAGGGAACUGUUGGCAUGACCUACACGCAGGAGGACAUGCCUUGGACGAUUGAAGGCGUUACUCCUGAUAUUAUUGUGAAUCCGCAUGCUAUUCCGUCUCGGAUGACAAUUGGACAGCUAAUUGAGUGCAUCAUGGGAAAAGUGGCAGCUCACAUGGGAAAAGAAGGAGAUGCGACUCCUUUUACAGAUGUCACGGUGGAUAACAUAAGCAAAGCUCUACAUAAAUGUGGGUACCAAAUGCGUGGAUUUGAGAGAAUGUACAAUGGACACACGGGCAGACCACUCACAGCUAUGAUAUUCCUUGGGCCAACGUACUACCAAAGGUUGAAGCAUAUGGUUGAUGACAAGAUUCACUCUCGUGGACGAGGUCCUGUACAAAUCUUAACAAGGCAACCAGCUGAAGGGCGAUCCCGUGAUGGUGGUCUGCGUUUUGGAGAAAUGGAACGUGAUUGCAUGAUUGCACAUGGUGCUGCCAACUUUUUGAAAGAGAGGCUGUUUGAUCAGAGCGAUGCGUAUAGGGUACAUGUGUGUGAAUCCUGUGGUCUCAUCGCCAUUGCAAAUCUGAAGAAGAAUUCUUUUGAAUGCAGAGGUUGCAAGAACAAAACAGAUAUUGUUCAGGUUCACAUUCCAUACGCUUGCAAACUGCUCUUUCAAGAGCUUAUGUCAAUGGCGAUUGCGCCAAGGAUGCUUACCAAAGACCUUAAAUCAGCUAAAGGCAGAAAGUCAGGAGCAAGCUCUCUAGUUUUUUCGUAAAACAUUGUGAGCUUUUCGUCUUCUCUUUCGCCUCCUAUCUUUAUAACAAAACUAAAUUACGAAUUUGUGUAUUGUGUUUAUUUUUACUUCUGAAAUUAGAAACUAGAGAGGUACUCAUGCCGAAGCACAACUUUUGUCUUUGGAUAUUUAUUUGUUCCUGCUUUGUCUUAGUCUUGGCCUAAAA